AAAGGACUGAAAAAGCCAAACGAUCCGCGUGAAGACGGCUGGCACGCGAUUUGCCAUUGGUUAAAAACGAACUGGCUACGGCAGUGUCCAAAGCAGAGAUUCAAAGAGUUGAACAAAAAGGGCAUACACACAGACAGUAAAAGAAGACAAAGCUAUACAAGAAGGAAGGAUUUAGAAGUAGAAGACUAAGCAGACGAAGAAGAAGCUGAAGAAGACAGUAAGAGAGGACGGAAAUCGUGCGCGCGCGGGCGGUCGAAUCACACAAAAAAGGAAAGAGAAGAUCAUACCGCAUAUGAAAAGCGAUUCGAUUCGAACGGCACAUGCCACCGUUUUACAUAGUUAUCACCUUUCUCCUUUCCACAGUUUUUCGGAUAUCACAGUCUGUGCAUCAUCACUUAAACGAAGAAGAACUCAAACAAGUAUUCGGAGUUUCCAACAAACAUGACGUUCCGGAGUACAGUCUUAUUGAAGCCACAAGGCACCCGCUCAAAAACGGAAAUCUUAAAAUGAAAUUCACCGCUUGGAAUGACACGUACCACUUGAAUUUGCGCAAAAAUUCGCGCAUCGUCAGUCCUCAUAUCAUUUCCGUAGUUCGACAUGGAGACGAUGAUGUCACCACUUAUGCAGGCUUGCGUGAUUAUGAACAAUGUCACUACCAGGGCGAAGUCAAAUCACAUGGCAAUAUGAAAGCCGCCAUUUCCGAUUGUGGCGCUUUGAUGGGUUCGAUUGUCAUGGAGGAUCAUUUUCUCGUGCUUCAAACGCUUCCCAAACGAGUUCACCAUCUACAGAAAGAACGCCAUUUAGUGUACAAAAGAUCUGCUGGACUUUUAACAAAUGCAGAGAGCAAAAUCAGGGAAGAAAUAACGCGACUUCAAGAAGAGCAGGAAUCAUUUUGUGACACCAGUGAGCAACUUGAUGACCCUGCAAUGACUAUUCCAGCCCAUCUUCAUUUCAACUAUACCAUUCCAACAUCUGCUCAACUCGACUCUUCAUUUAUUUUCCCAAAUAUGGAUCCCAUUACUUUAGAAAUCGGAUUAUUUCUUGAUUCUAAACUAUUCGAACAUUUUGAAAGAGAAUACAUCCAAGACGCGGAACAGCAUCUCCUGGAGUUUUCGUUAGCUCUUAUCAAUAACGUUCAUGUUCUUUAUCAACAAGAUACAUUGACACCGAACCUUGAUAUUGUGAUUGUGCGAUAUGAAAUGUGGAGAACUCAGCCGAGUGCUCUCAGCACGGGUGUUCACAAAAACGGUCAAGCUCAAAGUCUCUUGGACGCAUUUUGCCGCUAUCAAGCCCAUAUGAACCCAGGAACUGAUCUAACUGAUAUGAAUCAUUAUGACCAUGGUGUUCUGCUUACGGGAUAUGACAUUUACCAUACGACGACCUCAGUUGCCGGCGUAGCUCCUGUAGCGAGAAUGUGUGACCCGUUAUUCGCUUGUUCGCUUGUGGAAGGACUUCACCUUGGAAGAUCUUUUGUUCUGGCUCACGAAAUGGGUCAUAACAUGGGAAUGGUACACGAUGGUGUUCAAAACCAGUGUAACAAGGGAUGCUGUCUUAUGUCAGCGGUUAAUGGAGCUGGGAAAACCACCUGGUCAGAUUGCUCGGUCCGGGAAUUCAAUGCAUUUUUGUUACAGUUAGACGAGUCUGGCCGAGGAAACUGUCUUCGUGAUGCUUCCCCAGGCCUUAUAUCUACAAAUCACUUAAGUGAUCUUCGACUUCCCGGGCAAAGAUUCACCGCUGAUCAACAAUGCUCUUACUUUUGGGGUCGUGAUUAUAAAGUAGAAAUUCCAAAUGGGAAAGCUAUGGAUGAUAUUUGUCGAAUUCUCUGGUGCGGCAAUAGUGGUUCAACAAUUUCCACAGCUCAUCCAGCACUAGAAGGAAGUUGGUGUGGAGCAAACAAGUGGUGCCACAAAGGUCAGUGCACUCACUGGACAUUUGGUCUCACUCCAGUUCCAAUUGAUGGUGAAUGGAGUGAAUGGGGAGGUGCAGAAAAAGGAUGUCCUAUUCAGCAAUGUGCAGUAUCCGGUAGUAUAACCGUACAGGGCCAGCAUAGAGAUUGCGUUAACCCAGCACCAAAUAACGGCGGAAAAACCUGUGAAGGUGCAAAUAUUAGAGGAAUCGUUUGCGGAGCUACAAGCAGUAACUGCCUUGGAUUUACAAGAGAAGAGUUUGGAAACAAAAUUUGCUCAUCAAUCAAGUACGAUCCCCAUAAGCCUGACCAACAGCUCACAGGAGAAGGGUUUGAGCAUUCUACACAGCCUUGUCGCGUCUGGUGUCAUCUUAUUGGAUCUGAACUCAUCAGAAACAAAGGACAAUUCCCAGAUGGAACACCUUGCGGCUUUGACGCUUACUGUGUCGGUGGUCAGUGCUUGGCACUUUCUUGUGAUAACAAAGCACUUGUCGAGCAACCUGAGGACUGCCCAAGAAUUGAAGGACGUAGUGUUCACCAAUGGGAAGAAUGGUCUUCCUGGUCAGAAUGUAGUGUAUCAUGUGGCCUUGGCGGUAGGGAAGUUCGUGAAAGGAAAUGCUCAUCUGGUAGGAAAUGUCAAGGUGUUUCUGAGGAAAGUCGGCCAUGUGAAGGCGUGCUUCGUGAUUGUGAAGAAUUUGGAGAAUGGAAGGAAUGGGGAUCCUGCAGUGAAAAAUGUGCUCUUGGAGUUCAGAAAAGAUUCAGGCCAUGCCUAACCGACCAAUGUUCUAGUAAACAUUUACAAGAAGAAAGACCAUGUGAUAAUGAAGGUUGCUGGACAAAUUGGGACGAAUGGUCAUCUUGUUCGCAAAGCUGUGGUGGAGGACGAAGAUAUAGAAUACGUAAAUGUUUGGAUGACAAAUGCGAUGGAGAUGAUUUGGAAAAAGAGUCCUGCAACACUCAAAAAUGUAUAUCUCAAUCAUGGGGCGAUUGGCUGCCGUGCUCUGUAUCGUGCGGUAUUGGUUUCCAAAUUCGUGAGAGACUAUGUGAUGGUGAAUUAUGUGCAACUGCUAAUAAACAAGCGAGAACUUGUAAUCAACAGCAAUGUCCGUCCGCAUUUUCACUAUCAGUGUGGAGUGAAUGGGGAGAAUGGACUACGUGCUCUGCUACCUGUGGUGAGGGUUUACAGUCACGGGAAAGAUCUUGUCGACGUGGAUCUUGUACUGAAGAUGAUGCAUCUCAAACUCGGCGAUGUGUAAAUGGACCAUGCGAGCACUCGUAUCUUACCUGGUCUGAAUGGACAACAUGUGAGACUUGCUCUUCUUUUGAUAGCAGGAAGCGUAUAGCAAAAUGUGAUGGAACAACUGAAAAUUGUCAAGACAAAAUCGACGAGGAAACAUGUGAUAUUGCGUGCCUCCGUGAGAAACAUUCAUUUGGUCCCAUUAGUCCAAGGCGACCUAAACUUAUAACUAGCAAUGAUUUGAGAAAGGCAUUUGGUAGACCUUUGCUACCCAUUGAAUCAAUUCAUUCAGAAAAGUGGAGUGAAUGGGGACCGUGCAGUGUUACUUGUGGAUCUGGACGCCGUGUGAGAACAAGAGGUUGCCAGGAAGCAAGUUGUCCUGAGCAACAUAUUCAAACUGAAGAAUGCAAUUUAAACAGUUGCCUGGAAUUGUUUAUUUGGAGUGAUUGGUCCUCGUGUUCAAAGUCAUGUGGCCAAGACGGGAUUCAAACCCGACAAAAGUUGUGCUUAUUCAAUAACGCAGAAUGCUCAAGCUACGCAGAGAGCAGAAGGUGUAAAGAUCUGCCAUCGUGCUCUUCAAUCUCAAGUGGCAGAACAAUCUCAGAAAACGGUUUUGAUGCGCCGCGAUGGUCCGAGUGGUCCUCAUGGAGUGCAUGUUCUUGCUUCUCAUUAACCUCCACCCGUCGAAGAUUCUGUCAAGUGGUCGAUCCUACUGUUCAAGGAUUUUGUGCAGGAGCAAUUUUGGAACAAAUUCCAUGUGCUCCAGGUAGCUGCUCGCCGUCCGCAGGUGGAUGGUCAUUGUGGUCGGAGUGGUCAUCGUGCUCGAAAGAUUGCGGCGACACCGGACACCAAAUUAGAAAUCGAAUGUGUAGUGAACCGAUACCCUCGAAUCGCGGUGCCUAUUGUUCAGGUUACUCAUUUGACCAGCGACCAUGCGUGAUGGAUAAUGUGUGCAGUGACGAGAAGGUGGACGGCGGAUGGACUGACUGGACAGCGUGGAGCGAGUGUACCGAUUAUUGCAGAAAUGGGCACAGAAGCAGAACGAGAUUCUGUGCCAACCCUAAACCUUCACAAGGUGGUGCUCAAUGUACUGGCUCAGAUUUUGAGCUCAAUCCAUGUUUUGAUCCGGCUAGAUGUCAUUUGAGAGAUGGCGGCUGGUCGACAUGGUCAGACUGGACACCUUGUUCGGCUUCGUGCGGAUUUGGAGUUCAGACUCGAGACCGAUCGUGUAGCUCGCCAGAGCCUAAAGGCGGACAAUCAUGCUCAGGAUUAGCGCAUCAGACAUCGCUGUGUGAUCUGCCUGCAUGUGACCACGAAAGCGACGGCGAAUGGUCAGCAUGGAACGAGUGGUCGGGUUGUAUGGGUAACUGUGGCAUUGGUACAAGAACAAGAGUACGAGCUUGUGUCAGCCCACCAGUCAGCGACGGAGGGCAACCAUGUUUUGGAAGAUCGUCAGAAAUCACCGAGUGCCGUCAAUCACCGUCCACCGCUCUGUGCUCCUCGUUCAUUACCUCGUCACAUUUAGCAGACGGUUAUUUCAUAGACACCGACCAGCAGCAGUAGUAAUCAUCGUUUUCAACACAAUUUUUGAAGUCAUAUCCAGGCGGGCUCAAAACUUUUUUGUCAUAUACUUAAUGUAAAUCUUAAACGUUUAGAGAA